AUGGCGGCCAGAAAGCUGCAAACCGAAAUUGACCGCACGCUCAAGAAGGUCUCGGAGGGUGUCGAGCUCUUCGAGAGCAUAUACGACAAGAUGCAAGCAUCUACCAACCAGACACAGAAGGAGAAGCUUGAGACCGACCUGAAGACGCAGAUCAAGAAGCUGCAGCGUCUUCGAGACCAAAUCAAGACCUGGGUGGCGAGUAAUGAUAUUAAAGACAAGACUGCCCUUCUCGAGAACCGAAGAUUGAUUGAGACGCAAAUGGAGAAGUUUAAAGCAUGCGAGAAAGAGAUGAAGACAAAGGCUUUCUCCAAAGAAGGUCUUAUUCAGUCUGCCAAGCUCGAUCCCAAAGCCCAGGAGAAACUUGAAAUUACACAAUGGGUACAGAAUCAGGUCGAAGAUUUGCUACUGCAAGUUGAACAGGCGGAAGCGGAGGUUGAGACGCUGCAAGGUGGUGGAAAGAAAAAGAGCAAGGCGGGGGCGGCAGCAGAACGACUGGAAGCGCUUGAACAUUUGAACGAGCGCCGGAAAUGGCAUAUCAGUCGGCUGGAAAUCAUCUUACGGCUGUUGGACAAUGGCUCAAUGGCAACAGAAAGGGUGACUGGUUUGAAAGAUGAUGUCCAGUACUUUGUGGAAAGCAACACGGACGAAGACUUCGACGAGGAUGAAGGUAUAUACGAUGAACUGAAUCUCGACGAAGAGGAAGAAAAAUUCGGUUUGGCAAACGACGAUGAUAGCGACGAAUCAGACGAUGCGAGUGAAGAUCUCCCACCACGAACACCGUCAAAGAAACACGAUGAAGAGAGUGUUGCGAGCAGUCACAAACGAGAUGGAAGUCCUGUGAUGAAGAAACCUGGUGUCCCACUACAAUUGCGCAAGCCUUCAAUAGUUGGCGAUACACCGAAACCACCACCAAAUCCAAAUUUUGUACAGCAACCCAUGUCGAGCAUACUGAAAGCAGGAUUAUCUACACAGCCACGACAGCCAGUACUUCCCGUACGGUAUGCUGUUGCCGCAGCCGCCGGAGUCGCACCAUCACCAACGACACAACAAUCCGCGUCACAGCCACCGCAGACACCCUCAGCCGCCUCGUCAAGUCAACCUACAGCGCCUACGGCGCCAUCAAUAUCAACGACGAUAGCAACACCAUCGUUGGCUCCAGAUCAAAUUUCUGCCAUAACAUCUUCACCAAGUCUGACACACCCUUCAGUCACGAGCCCCAUGCUUUCUUCGGCCUCGGUUUCUGCACAACAGGCGGAUAGCUACUCUGUGCGUGAUUCACCAGCACUAUCAGAAGCAAUACCUGCGGCAACAUCGUCACCACAACGUGUGCUGCGGAAAGCUUCCAUAUCAUCGCCGACAGCUCUGCAAGCGCUGAGUAUGACGCAAACAGCUGCCAUGGACCUGCAACAGCCACCACAUCCAAAUGGGAACGGCGCAGCUGUUCUAGCACAGCACCAACAAACAACGAUGUCAGGGCUCUCACCUUUGCCUCAACAAGCGCAGGCAUUCGCGAGCACUUCGGCCGCGAUCACGCCCAACGCCACGUCGAGUGGCUCAUCGCCAUUGCCACCACUAUCGCAGCAGCAAGCCCAACAACAGAUGCCGCAAUACCCUCCGGGUGUCAAGGUUCAUACAGCGGCUACAACCGAGCAGCAACACGCACUUCCACUGGGAGAGGCGCCGCAACAAAGUGCAAGUGUACAAAGACCGACAUCGACGGCGCCUUCGCAGAUGCCACCACAGACGCAGCAACAACAGCCCAGGCCAAACGCUUUCCCCGGCUCGUUGUCGGAUCUGGUGGUGUCGUUCGAAAAUGUGAAACAAAAGGCCCCGCAUCGUAUGUCGAACCUCGACCAGGUACACAAAGUGUUGCAGGGAAGCUAUUCGAGUAUGCCUCAACCACAGGAUACAGAGAAGCCCAAGUACUACGUGCCGCGCAACCCCAUUCAAACGCCGUCGUAUUAUCCGCAGUCACCAAAUCCAGUGCUCAAUACGGCGGGAAUCUUCUCGCAGCUAGAUGUCGAGACACUGUUCUAUGUAUUCUACUUCCUGCCAGGCACGUAUCAGCAAUACCUUGCAGCGAAGGAAUUGAAGAGGCAGUCGUGGCGAUUCCAUGUCAAGUAUCUGACAUGGUUCCAGCGCCACUCAGAGCCCCAGGCGAUCACGGAAGAGUAUGAGCAAGGAGUAUACGUCUACUUCGAUUGGGAAGGCUCAUGGUGUCAACGCAAGAAGAGUGAUUUCCGUUUCGAAUACCGGUAUCUGUCGGAAGAUUGA